UAACUGGUUCAGCUAUGGGUUCAUGAAAAAUGGUCGGUUGGUUGAUGCGCAAGAUUUCAGACAAACAUUAAUUGAAGGCAAGCGUUGCAGAAACGGUCGCUGCAAACAGCUUACACAUGGCCCACAACCUGUUUACCUCUCUCUCUCUGGUCUUCGCAAAGAAUCACAAAUGUGGAGGCGCGUCGUGUCUCUUUCGCCGCUGCUUUCUUCGUCUAAAUCGCGCCGCCUAAAUCAGGUGCAGGUGGCGUAUGGAUUCAAUGCUUCCCAAGUUUUUUCUACUCAGGUUCUGAAUCCGGCAGAAGACGGAGUCUCUGUUGCAAGAAGGAAACCAUUUGUAACAUUUGUCUUAGGUGGUCCGGGGAGUGGGAAAGGCACUCAAUGUACAAGGAUUGUUAAUACCUUCGGGUUUACCCACUUGAGCGUUGGGGAUCUGUUGAGGAAAGAAAUCUAUUCUGAUAGUGAAAAUGGUUCCAUGAUUCUUGAUACAAUCAAGGAAGGGAAAAUUGUUUCCUCAGAAGUGACCGUUAAACUGAUAAAAAACGCCAUCGAAGCAAGUGAAAACAGUAGAAUUCUUGUUGAUGGCUUUCCAAGAAGUGAAGAGAAUCGAAUAGCGUAUGAGCGAGUUGUUGGGGUUGAACCAGACAUUGUCCUUUUUUUCGAUUGUACUAAAGAAGAAAUGGUGAAACGAGUGCUAAACCGCAAUGAGGGGCGAAUUGAUGAUAAUAUUGAUACAGUCAAGGAAAGGUUAACCGUGUUUUCAGAACUCAACCUUCCCGUGAUCAAGCAUUACUCCGAGAAAGGGAAACUUCACAAGAUUGAUGGUACGGGAACAGAAGAUGAAAUAUUUGAAAGAGUUCUCCCCGUUUUUGCUGCAUUGAGGUGAUCCAAAACAAGAAAAACUUGGAGAAGAUGACAACUCUAAACAUUGACCAAUUAAACACAAUAAUUUGGUAUACUAAACAUCUGGUGGUAGAGUAAAAUUUUAAAAGUCUAGAGGGGUGUUUUAGCCUUGGCUUUUUCUUGCUUUUCCAGAUAUACAUGUACAUGUACUUGUACAUACAUAAAUAUGAUGUUGCUCUCAUGCUUCUCCAUUAAAAAAUUCAUGUUUGCAGAAAAUUGUGAAAUAAAGCUGCUCUUAGAUUUGUGUA